AUGUGGUGCCCUCAUCUCUCAGUGAUUGCGUCGACGCUCUUCGUGCCUUUGGCACUCUGCAAUUUUUAUGAUAAUCCAGAGUUUGAUCUUCCGCCACCGACUGGCACGCCGUUGGAGGAACUGCAAGCAAAAUGGGAUUUCGAUUGGGGAUUCAGUGGCAUAUCAACAUUCGCACAUCUCAAGCAUGUCAAAUGUCUCACUACACCAUAUGAACCAUUUGAUAUUGGCAUUCUCGGGGCGCCGUUUGAUACGGCUGUCAGCUAUCGGCCUGGCGCCCGCUUCGGACCACGCGCCAUCCGGGCCGCAAGCUCACGCCAGACCACCUUCCGAGGCUUCAACCACCGAGCAGGACUAAACCCCUACCGCUCAUGGCCCUCGGUGCUCGACUGUGGCGACAUCCCCGUAACACCAUUUGACAACGCACUCGCCCUGCACCAAAUGACCUCCGCAUACCUGGAACUCGUGUCGCGCCGGCCCUUAUCCCACGGCAACCCACCGUCGCACACCCACCCCAAGAUCAUCUCUCUCGGCGGCGACCACAGCAUCGCGCUACCGGCCCUGCGCGCUCUCCAGAAGAUCCACGACCGACCCAUCGCCCUGCUCCACUUCGAUGCGCAUCUCGACACAUGGCACCCGGGCGCCUACCCGUCAGCGUGGGCGUCGCACCCGACACAGGCGGACUUCACGCACGGGACCAUGUUCUGGAUUGCGAGCGAGGAGGGCCUGAUCGCCAACGGCUCCUCGGUGCACGCCGGGCUGCGCACGCGGCUCGGCGGGCUCGACUACGCCGACUACGACAACGACGACCGGCAAGGAUUUCUGCGCAUCGAGGCCGACGACAUCGACGCGUUCGGCGUCUCCGGCAUCAUCGACCUCAUCAUGCAGCAGAUGGGCACCGAGACCCCCGUCUACCUGUCCGUCGACAUCGACGUGCUCGACCCGGGCAUUGCGCCAGGCACGGGCACGCCCGAGCCCGGCGGCUGGACCACGCGCGAGCUGAUCCAGAUUCUCAGGGGCAUUGAGGAUUUGAACCUCGUGGGCGCCGAUGUUGUCGAGGUCAGCCCCGCGUAUGACGGGAACGAUGAAGGCACUGCGCUUGCGGGCGCGCAGGUCGUCUAUGAGCUCAUCACUAGUAUGGUGGUGAGGGGCCUCAAGGACCGUGGCGAGUAUGUUGCCCGCAAGAAGCCUGGGGUCGAGAAAUUGAAAUUGAAGCCCAAGGCUCCGACGAAACAGAAAAUUCCCGUUGAGGGUCUUGUGGUUGAAGAGCCGCUUAGGGAUGAGUUGUGA